AUGUCUGAUUCGAACGCGCAACCACCCGCGGCCGCCCCCGAGGCUGCUGCGCCUGCCGUCGAAGCUCCCAAGAAGGACGAAGCUCCCGCUGAUGUCAACGUGGCUAGCGCCGAUGCUGGAGCUGACGCGAAGCCCGCUGAGGAGGCAAACAAACCCGCCGAGGAAGCCAAACCCGCCCCAGACACCGCUGCCCCAGAACCCGCGACGACUAGUGCCGACAAGGCCGACGUUGAGAUGAAGGAGGCUGCCCCCGAAGCUGCUACCGAAGCUGCCCCAGCCACAGCUGCUGCCCCUAGUGCCGACGCCGCGCCAGCGGAUGCCGCAGAGAAGAAGGCAGAGGAAGCUCCAGCCGCGGGCGCUGAUGCCGCCAAGGAGGGAGACGCGACCGCUGCUGACAAGGCCAACAAGUCGAGGCGGAAGUCUGCUGGAGCCGGCGAGUCCAAGGGCAAAAAGCUGAACAAGAAGGGCUCUCGUGCCCGGAUACUACAUCUCGAUGCGAAGCCUGGCGAUCACUAUUUCGUCAAGCUCAAGGGCUACCCCCAGUGGCCCGCUAUCGUUUGUGACGAGGCUAUGCUGCCGCAGACCCUGAUCAAGAGCCGCCCUGUCAGCGCUGCUCGUCAGGAUGGCACGUACCGUGAGGAUUACGCCGACGGUGGCAAGCGCGCGGCUGAUCGUACCUUCCCGGUUAUGUACCUCCACACCAACGAAUUUGGCUGGGUGCCAAACGGCGACCUCCACGACCUCGACCCCGAGAAGGUCAUGGACAAUGUUAACGACAAGAUGCGCAAGGAUCUGGCGCGCGCUCACGAGCUUGCCUCGGAGCACCACUCUCUCGACCACUACAAGGACCUCCUGCAGCAGUUCCAGGACGAGCUCGAUGCCCUGCAAAAGGCUCAGGAGCUCCCACCUGCACCUGCCAAGAAGUCACGAAAGAGCAAGGGUCCCGCUGACGAUGAGGAUGUCGAGAUGGCCGAUGCCGACGACAACGGUGCUGCCAAGGACAAGAAGGCCAAGAAGCGCAAGGCUGAAGGCGACGCUGAGACACCGCAGCGAUCUGACUCAGUCAAGAAGCCCAAGAUCAAGCUGACCUCUUCAUCGACUCCCAAGGGAGCCAACGGCACGUCGACACCCAAGAGCGGCAAGGCUACAGAUUCGAAGACGUCGAAGCCCAAGGCCAAGAAGGCAGAGGACAAGAAGGAGACUCCCAAGGAGCCCGAGCUAUCUGCCGAGGAGAAGCACCAGCGCAAGGAGAAAGAGGUCUUGUUCCUGCGCCACAAGCUCCAGAAGGGUCUGCUCACCCGGGAUCAGGAGCCCAAGGAGGAGGAGAUGAAGACCAUGUCCGAUUACGUGACCAAGCUCGAGGGCUAUCCUGACCUGGAGGUCAGCAUCAUUAGGGCGACAAAGAUCAACAAGGUCCUGAAGGCCAUUCUCAAGCUUGACUCCAUCCCCAAGGAGGACGAAUUCCAGUUCAAGCCCCGCUCUCAGGUGCUGCUCGAUAAGUGGAAUAAGCUGCUCGCAGCAGUCGACGGAGCCCCUGCGGCUGCUGCCCCUGCGAACGGCGUGAAUGGAUCGUCAGCGGCUGCCAAGGAGUCUACUCCCAAGGCCGACAAGGCCAAGGAGACAAAUGGCGUGAAGGACGAGCAGCCUCCUAAGCCCGAGGAGAAGAAGGACGUUGCCAAGGCAGACACGCCUGCUACAGCGACUGAGACGAAGGCGGAGGAGAGUGCUGCGGCAGAGCCUGCAAAGGAGUCUGCCACUGCCGAGGCGGCUGCUUAA